AUGAGCGAGUCCAUAGCGGAUGCACACUCAGUCACCUCUCAACCUGGUUCCGACGAAGGCGCAGUCGUCACCACAGCCGUUCCAUCUACUAGUCCGGCGGACGAGAAAACGGACAGUCAUUGCGGCGUAAACAAGAUUGCCAGCCUUGGACGACAGUUAAGGUCAAAGAAGGUACGGACGACGACCACCAACGUCUCAACGCCGGCCCCCCGAUGUAGAUUGAGUACUUCCCGUCACCCUCCCUCCCUCUCCGUCCGCCACAGUCCCUGUGUGCAGGCACUGAUGACCACUAAAGCUGAUCCACCGCCCUCCACCCUUCUUCCGGCGAGAAGACGCUCUAGGACUCCCUCCCCGCCCCUUCCUCCCUGCCGCCCUGACUUCGUAUGUAAGAAAAAAACCCGUCUUGACAUGACUGUCACCCACCUAUAAAUACUGUGAGGCUCGAUACCACACUCACCUCCGACGAUGGAAGCUUGUAUGCUAUUGAAACGUCAGGACAGUAAAACUAUGGUUCCCGAGAUCGCCUUUCCUUCUGAUUUAUGCCCGGGAACGCGCAUCUUCGCUUCUAUGAGUAUAUAUAUAUAUAUGUAUCAAGUGAAUAAUUUCAGGAAUUAAUCAGUGCAGGACUUGGAAAUAAACCUCCGGGACAUGACUUUUUAGGGUCAGAACCGAAAAUUCAAUGAACAUUUGAGUCGAAGACAAUCAACUACUGUGGAAUAACCACGUAAUGCCCAUUCUACAAACAAGUAGUACUACGAGUAGUAUGAAUUCCAUAUGGUAAAGGUAUUAUACCGUACUCCCGACAUAGAUACUUGCUAAAAGCCCAGACAUAUGUUUCGCCGAUAUUCUGCCGCUGCGUAAAAAGUCAUGUCCCGGAGAUUUAACUCCAAGUCCUGCACUGAUUACUUUCUGAAAUUGUUCACCGGAUUAUUCUCUGGAGUUUAUAUACCAGAAAUCGCUAGAGAACGCUGGGGGUCCCACUGAAGAGCCGAACCCCUCGCAGCUGUGUUACGCAGCGGCAGAAUAUCGGCGAAACACGUGUCUGGGCUUUUAGCAAGUAUCUAGGUCGGGAGUACGGUAUACUACCAUUACCAUAUAUAUGUAUGUAUAACAGCGAGGAGGGACGACAGUGAAUGCGGGUAGAUUGAUACAGUACUGAUUCGGCCUUAUUCUGCCUUCAUUUAGUCAAUCAUAACCCUGACCAGCAGUUGGGACCAGAAACACAAACAUGCGCACAGAGGCACCUGGCGCAGUUGGUCCACCACUGGGGUCUACCAGAUGGACCAUAACCAAUGCAUCGAACCGAAGUUCAUCAAUGCCUCGCACCUGGGGCUUCUAACCGACGGGUCGCGAGUUCGAGCCCCAGGUGUUCCAUACUUCGGCGUUGGGUAUGACUGGCCGACGACGGCCAAUAAGCCAGAAAUGGCCAUUUCAGUCUCCCCUGUCUUUGUCGGUAAUAUCAUACUGCCUAUAUCAUGCGCCCCUGUGUGGCUGCUGGUUGGGCUCGAGAGAGAGCCCGUAAGGCACAGCGGAACGAGUGACUCCCGCAAGAAUGAUCGAUGAGCGUCCCCUACCAUUAUAAAUAUAUUCACUUAGGAAUAGCCGCUCUGUUUCGCAUUAUUACUCGUAGCAUAAAGCCGUACAAUGAGCAAGGUUACCGGAAGGAGGGAAGGAAGUCCUUGUUUGCGACAGAGAACCUAUCAGCAUCUUUUGAGUAAGAGAAUAAGUGCAGUAAACAGUUUAACCACCUACUUGAAUUUAUUAUUAAAAAGACAAAGUGCGCGACAUUCGUCAGUGAAAUACCCGUCUAAGGCAUUUUAUAAAGAGGCAACUUUUUACGGGGGUUUUAGCGACUGAUCAACAGCGCACUCAUCUUAGGUUUCUCUGUGGACGUUCAUUUUCUUCGGCGAUCAGGUUAAAUGUUUGAGUAUGUCUACAAGUAUGAUAUGAACAGUUUUCUGAUUAAAAAGGGGCGUCUAAGAUCUCACUUUUAAGACAAAAACCUUCAAGGACUAUCUUAUUUUAAAGACCAUGACAAACAAAAUUAUAGAAUAUGCAUUUUUGCAGUCAACUGAGAAUACUGUAAACAAUAAAAUAUUCACUGAUAUUUCAAGAACACUCCAAAACUCAGCGGAGUCUACCAUCGCCAAAAAGCAAACAGUACUUUUAUGGAAAAAUUAACUUGUGACACAGAAAAUUGCAUGCAUACUAUUGUAUCUGGUAAUCCUCAUUUGAUUUCUUAGUGACUAGCCGUUCUCUCGACAUGGGGUCUCGCGAAAAUUAUAUUCCUGCGGCGUUUUAUUUGCGAAAUCAAGCGUAAUCCUAUUCGCCUCACUCAACCGCAUUUUUAUCAGCAUGGAUGGAAAACAAUAACAUCAAAUUCUCCUAACACCAUCUUGGAACAUUAAACAUUUGGCUAGGUACCGUAAUUGACAUUACACUACUUCGUGGAGGAUGUUUAGAUGCCAACUGCAUAAAAACGUUUACAAAAGCUGUAUUAUUUAUGCUGAUUUACGUAUUUAGUUAUUCGUAUGGAUAGGCCAUGUGAAAUUUAACAAAAUUUGUUUGUGCAUUGGGUCUAAAUUUUCGCGAUUUCAAAAAUUCUACUUCUAAUAAGUGUUAUUCCUAACCGAAGUACUAUUACUUUCAGUGAUUAUUUUGCACAGUGACCGAGACCCAUCAAUGUAUGCACAUUUCAGGAGUUUAUUCGCCACAUAUAGUACAGCCUGGAGCAAUUUUGAAAUGUUACACGGGAAAUUAGUUAUAAAAAACCAGAUUAUUUCAAUUAUCUAUUAAAAUGAAUUAGCAAUGCCUACUGAGUUUUCUUGUAGAAUGAGACUCGCGUCAAGAUAGCAGUUUCAUUUAGUCAUUGAGAUGACGUAGCUCAUUUAAAGUUAACUCACAGCAACGCAAUGUUGAAUUAACUGUGAAACCUACCUCCCCGCUCUGAUAGUAAUCACUACUCCCGCAAUGCGUAUUUAUCCUACGGCGCUUUAGUACCUACUUGUACUCAACAAAACUUUGGUUUAAAGCUGCAAAAAACUCCACUUCUUCUACGGGCUCUUCAUAAUGUCCAUUUUUUCAAGGGUUAAUGCUUAAACGAAGAGGUGGGAUUUAAAACUUGGGCAUUGAGAAAUUUUGUGCCCUAAAUUGAGUAUUCGCUUAACGUGAUGCUUACAGGCUUAACGGGGUCGCUCACAAUGCACGCGGCGUCAUCCAAGUCUACCACCAUAUUUCAUGUCCGUCGGUAAGUCGUUGUGUAUAAACUUAAAAAAUUAUACGAAGUUUGUUUACAGACAAAUUUUAGAUACGAUAUAUAGUGCAGAAACUUAGGGAACACCUGAAAUGCGAUUUAGUUCCCAAAAUAGUCGUCAUUUAUAACUAUUUUAAUUCUCUUGCUUAGGACAAACAUAAGCUAAAGCAUGGGAUCACCAUCCACUUUCCUUUAAAGUAAUUUUCACUUGUUAGCCUUGUAAAUAAUAGAUGAAUGUCUUUAUUAUACGCCGUUAUCAACACGCUUCUGCACGCCUUUUGGACAAUUCAAUUAAACAUUGAAUGUUAAGUUUCGUACCUGCUUAAAUACACUCCACAAUAAUGAGCUGAUCCCUCGGAGAAGAAGCGGAAUAAAACUUUCACAGUGGCCGGAUGCUGCUAAGAAACAGUGCUGUCUACGGAAAUGGAUCUUUUUACGCGACCUAAUUUCAGCUAAGGAAGCGUGCAAUGGUGCAACCAACAGAGUGUAAAUACUCUCAACUACUAACGAGUAUAGGCAAGGCUUGCCGCUUCGUACAUCCCACCAAGGUCAAGAUGUCCGACUUAAAGACCAAGACCUGGGAUCAUCUUCACUUUCCAAUCCUUUCGCCUUAUUAAAAAUUUUACAGGCAGAUCGGUGAUAUCAGAAAACGUCAUUGUCAAGGUCACUGACUUUUCCAGCUGACAAUGAAGACUUCCGCCUUCAUUUGUCUGUCAAGGACACUUUUUCUCCCACGCGUAGGCACUUCCGCUCUUUGAGAACGCUGACGUCAUCCCCGCACACUGGCCUGAUGCGCAGUGCCGGCUCAAAUGAUUACAGUUCAUUAUUUGCCGAGCAAGGCAUAUCAACCUUCACUUCCGGCUCCACUUUCAGCUCUGCUUCCAUGAAGUGUUCAGUCUGUGGCAAGGGUGAGAAUGAAAAAGAUACAUUUGAAACACCUAUGCCUCAAGGAUUACUUCUAGUGAACAAUCACUCCGAUUAUCCGGAAGAAGAUGGUACUACUGGGCCACUGCGGUAAGAAGAGAGUGUGCCUUUCAUACGUGUAAACAUAAAGUGUGGUGGCAUCGCUGUUAAUAGGCCUCAGCUUUUAUAGCUGGGCGCACUAAGCCUUACACUGUUUGUCUGAUUAGAGCAGGGUACUUGGACGUGUCUCACGGCCCCACACAUUGAAUUAAACAUCCGAAAAGUGGCCUUAACUGUGAUUGACUGAUCGUCAAAGUGAACCUGACUAAUUCUAUACCUUGUUUACACUCUAAUUACCGUGAAUAAGGCACCAAAUCUCUGAUGGGCUUUCCAUAGGCCCGUGUAGUUGAUGGUCCACGAGAGUUUAAUGUAGUCUAGUGAAACGGCCUCAAUGAAACCCCACAAGGUUGUGGGGACUUGCAAUGAAAAAUUCAGAUACCAAUCAGCACCAGUUGACCGACACACUGUGACCGUCCAAGAAGUGACUUAGUUGAUUCCUUGGGCCUCCGGGAUCCGACGGUAACGAAAUAUUUUUAAGGAUGAGCGUCUGCAUGGAGGGAACAGUGUCAGCAGACUUUGGCGUGCAAAUAACGUUUAAGAAAGUUUUUUUGGGGAGGGUGUGGGUGGCUCUGCUGUGAACUUUCCUGCUGGCGUCAGAGCACACGCCACAAACUACCGCAUUGUCCUCUAAAAGGGUCCGCGUGGCGGACACACAGAGUACAAUUUGAACAGUGAACGAAUCUGCUUGUCGUAUGAACUUUUGUGGCUGAGUUCACAGUCCGCUCCAAACACCUGGGUGGCCUAAAACUAACCACUCCACAGCAGAUCAACCAACAAAAAUUCAGACUCCAUCAAUUACUCCACCUGAUGCUGGAGGACAGCCCACACCCGUAGUACAAAGUGGUCGAGGUCUGAAUUAGAAACAGAGACCUAAAAGAUGGGCAAACUCUAAUGAUUAUCGACUUUAAAAAGGCCUUCGAUAGUGUGCCUCACCACCGUCUUCUAUACAAACUUAGCCGUGCAGGAGUGCGGGGUAAGCUUCUGAUGUGGAUUCGGAGCUUUUUAAUCGGCCGCUCUCAAGCCGUCCACGUCGGUGACCAACAAUCUGCCGAGGUUGCCGUUAAGAGUGGUGUUCCCCAAGGCUCCGUUCUUGGCCCUACGCUUUUCUUCGUAUACGUCAAUGACUGCGCAAACGAACUGAAUUGCGAUGUUGCAAUGUUUGCCGAUGACAUAAAGAUUUGGAGUACCAUACGAAGCGAAGUUGACGAGGCGCGACUGCAGACAAGUCUGGACCACCUCGAGCAAUGGUCGAAAGACUGGCUUCUACCGUUCAACGUAAAUAAGUGUACUUUCCUACGCGUCGGCAGAACCAGUUUAUCCUUCGGAAUCCGAAGUUUAUCCUAAGCUGAGCGAAGGGUUACAAUUAUUCCAAGCCGCCACUAUUCACAGCAAUUUCAUAUUUGGAAGGUGGUAGAUAAAAAAUCCAUGACACGAAAAGAAGAAGAAGAAGAAGAAGAAGAAGAAGGGGGAGAAGAAGAAGAAGAAGAAGAAGAAGAAGAAGAAGAAGAAGAAGAAGAAGAAGAGGAAGAUGAAGGAGAAGAAGAAGAAGAAUCAAUAG